UUCUCCAGUCAACAAGAACAGUGGGCUGCUUAAUAUCACCUUUAAAUAUGACAACUGUACUCCUUAUUUGAAUUCAGUGGGAAAACAUGUCAUUGGUGAUGUGCAGAAUAUAACAAUCAGCCAGUAUGCCUGUUAUGAACAAGUUGCAGUUCUAGUUCUGUGGACAGCAAAUGCCCUGGGGAUUGAAUUUCUGAAAGGGUUUAGAGUAAUACUUGAGGAGUUAAAAUCAGAGGGAAGACAAUGUCAACAAAUGGUUUUAAAAGACCCAAAGCAGCUCAACUCCAGCUUUAAAAGAAAUGGAAUGGAAUCUCAGCCUUUUCUAAAUCUGAAGUUUGAAACGGAUUAUUUUGUAAAGAUUGUUCCUUUUCCUUCCAUUAAAAAUGAAAGUAACUACCACCCGUUUUUCUUCAGAACUCGACCCUGUGAAUUGUUGCUGCAGCCAGAAAACCUUGCCUGCAAGCCCUACUGGAAGCCAAGGAAUCUGAAUGUUACUCAGCAAGGUUUUAACAUGCAAGUAUCUUUUGAUCAUGCACCUCACAACUUUGGGUUUAAAUAUUAUUAUCUCCACUACAAACUUAAGCAUGAAGGACCUUUUAAACAAAAGACUUGUAAACAGGAACAAAACACUGAUAUCACAAGCUGUGUUCUUCAGAAUGUAUCUCCAGGGGAUUAUGUCAUUGAGCUGGUCGAUGACACUAAUACAACAAGGAAAACAAUGCACUAUGCGUUAAAACCAGUGCAUUCCCCAUGGGCUGGACCAAUAAGAGCUAUUGCCAUUACUGUUCCCUUAGUUGUCAUCUCAGCAUUUGCAACGCUUUUCACAGUGAUGUGCCGCAAAAAACAACAAGAAAAUAUAUAUUCCCAUUUAGAUGAAGAGAGUUCAGAAUCUUCAACCUAUGCUGCAGCGCUCCAUGUGGAAAGGCUUCGGCCCCGGCCAAAAGUAUUCAUCUGCUAUUCGAGUAAAGAUUGCCAGAAACACAUUAACGUCAUCCAGUGCUUUGCUUAUUUCCUUCAGGAUUUUUGUGGUUGUGAGGUGGCCCUGGAUUUAUGGGAAGAUUUAAAGAUUUGUAAAGAAGGGCAGAAAGAAUGGCUUAAUCAAAAAAUCAAUGAGUCUCAGUUUAUCAUCAUUGUGUGUUCCAAAGGGAUGAAAUACUUUGUGGAAAAAAAGAACUGGAAGCACAAGGGAACAAGCAAAGACAUUGGGAAAGGAGAACUCUUUCUAUUUGCAGUGUCCACCAUUGCAGAGAAGCUGCGUCAAGCAAAGCAGAAUUCAGGUGACCUCUGCAAGUUCAUUGCAGUCUACUUUGAUUACUCCUGCGAAGGUGAUAUUCCUGGCAUUCUGGAUCUAAGUACAAAGUACAAGCUCAUGGAUAACCUGCCUCAGCUUUACUCUCACCUACACUCCAAAGAUCUCAGCUUUCAAGAUUCAGAGGUGUAUCUAGUAAAUAUUAGCAAAAGAAACUAUUUCAGGAACAAAUCUGGCCGUUCCCUUUAUGUUGCCAUUUGCAACAUGCACCAGUUCAUUGAUCAGGAGCCAGAUUGGUUUGAAAAACAGUUUAUUCCAUUUCCUCCACCUCCUUUACAUUAUCAAGAGCCUGUCAUGGAAAAAUUUGACUCAGGCUUGGUUUUAAAUGACUUGGUGAAUAAGCAUGUGACUGAAGGGGAUUUUUAUCUGAAAACAGAUGCAAAUUCUAUCCCUGCUAUAAAUUCAGACUCUCCAUGUAUAAUUCAGCACUUAAACCUUGGAGGAGAUACAGAGACUCGGGAUAUUCAAGAUGGUGGCUCUGUUCUUCAGCCUCUGUUGCACAUUGUAAAAGCUGCCAAUCUCCCAGACAUGCCAAGGGAUUCUGGAAUCUAUGAUUCUUCUGUUCCAUCAUCUGAGUUAUCUCUACCUUUAAUGGAAGGACUUUUGACAGACCAAACUGAAACCUCUUCCAUUACAGAGAGUGUCUCAUCAUCUUCAGGAUUAGGGGAAGAAGAGCCUCCUGUAAUCACUAUCACAAAAUCCCUAGUGCCUGGAAUUUGUAAAGCAGAACUUCAUUGUCACAUCCAUGCUGAUGAACUGCAGGCAAUUGCACCUUUAUAACUCGUUACAAGAACGGUAUGCAGCGCCACUUUAUCAACAGCCUGUGUUUGUGCAUCAACCACCAUGUUAUCCCAGCACUAAAUCUACUUGAAGAAACAAAUAUUCCCUGAAGGAGACAUGCUAUUCUUAAGGGAAUUUGUGGCCAGUAGACUUAUCUGUUGGUCCCUUUAUAAACUCUUUUAUGAUCUGAACAUUGAAAUACAACAUUGAAAUAAUUUAAAGUAUAUUUUGAAAUUCCAGCUAUUACCAGCUUAAAUCUCACACAGAAAUGAUACUGUUUAUAAAGAUAAUUAUAACAAAUAUUUUUUGUAUUUUUUUUAAAUUUUUGACUAAAAAUAAAAUAACUGGUUGCAUGUGACAUGGAAUGUUAACCACCUUACAUUUUGUAACAGAACCUCUGGUUUAAAAUGCUGAAAUAUUUGAUGGCAGGAAUGUGUUGGAGAAUGAGCAGGAAUAUUUUUGUACAAAAAGUCAUAAAAUGCCAAAAGUGGAUCUAGUGAUUGUCCAUUACAGAAAUAUUCCUGGUUGUCCUUAGCGAAAUUUUACCUCUUCUUCCACCUCCUUUGGCUCUCCAGAAAGUUAAUCUAUUACAGUCAAAAGGAAAAUCAUUUUCCCCCAUCUAAAUUUUGACAUGGAUGCAAGGGGACCAUGUUCAUUGACUGUCUCAGUUAAGCCAGGUCAGUCCAAGUGUGGUACAGUAGAAGGA